AUGUACGUUUGGUCAAUAUAAGUAAAUGAUAUGAAUUGGGAAUAUCUACAAAAAAAAUAUGUAUUUUGCAACGUGGCUAGAAAUGCGAAUGCGAUUUGCGAUGAUUCGGCACUAUUCUAUAAUCUACGGUAAUAUUGACAGAUAGGGGGAUAGGCGUCAAGUCGCAAUUAAAAUACGUGAAAGGGGAUGUGAUCCAGUUGUUUUUGAGUUAAUUCAAUAAUUAGUUUUAGUUUGUUUUACAGUUAAAUUUUUGUAGUAAAUUCUAGUGCUUACAGUGAUUGUUGCAAAGACUAAACAAAAUUUUAGCACAGUGCGUUUACACAAUCACUUAACAUUACAGGGAUACCUAAAAUUGUGAUUUGUUAGUGCCGUAUAUAAUAAUUGUGUGACGCAAUAAGCAGUUCAAAUUGUUUGUUGAAAUGGCUGAGACAAGUGAAGCGCAGGCCAGUGCGUCAGCUCCCGGCGGAGAUGGCAGCGAGGAUGACAAACGUGAUGAGCGAAUGCUGGAGUGCAACAUCUGCCUCGAUACAGCUCGGGAUGCCGUAGUCAGCAUGUGUGGACACUUAUUUUGCUGGCCCUGCCUGCACCAGUGGCUGGAGACACGGCCAAGCCGGCAAGUGUGCCCCGUGUGCAAGGCUGCAAUCAGCAGGGAUAAAGUCAUACCCCUUUAUGGCCGAGGGAACACCAAGCAGGAGGACCCUAGAAAUAAGGUGCCGCCGCGGCCGGCCGGGCAGCGCUCGGAGCCCGAGAGCGCGGGCGGCUUCCCGGGCUUCGGCUUCGGAGAGGGCUUCCACAUGUCCUUCGGCAUCGGCGCCUUCCCAUUCGGCGUCUUCACUUCCACAUUCAACUUUGGCGACCCGCGCCCCAGCCCAGGUCUGUUCUUACAUUGCUAACAAUACAAGGCUUUAAAUAUGCACCGCUAUUUUCUUAUAGUAGACCUUAGCAAACAAACAAGUGAUAGGUGACCUUAAAUCGACGACUUUGUUCAAAGAAAUCCGCAAUAAAUUAAAAGUUUACAGAUGCGUUGCCUAAUUGUUAAACAUACAGAUGACGAAGAGUGAAAUAACUCGUAGAAUGGGACUCUCGUGGACACCUAAUAUAUAUAGUUUAGUUCGAUUUGGUUUACUUACUUGUCAAUAAUAAUUUCUUCUAUUAAUAAAUUAUAAUGUUUAUAUCUUGGCAUCAACAAUAACCAGUUCAGUUAUAAAUAAAUAACUUGAUGUAAAGUUUAUUCCAUUUUUUUGUGUGCGCUACAUGCGCAGUGCGUCGCUGCGGGAACCGGUACGAAAAAUAUACCGUUGCCACAUCGUCUCGUAAACAUGUUGCACAUAAAUAUAGCUUUUUAGUCUCAAUAGUUUAAAGUAAUAAAAUAUCUGCAAAUCGCGAAAUUAUUCUAAUUUAGAGUAACGGUAGCUCACGAAUGCUUUGCAGCUUGUGGGUUCAAACUCUAUACUACGUAUUUAUAAAAUCAAAUUCAUUUUAAGAACAAGAAUUGUUAGAGAAGGUAUACAUGCAAUGUUUUAUAGGAAUUAUGACUAAGAAAUGAGUUUCCAUUUUAUCAGACACAAAAAAAAUGGCGCCGCAUAAUAAAAAUAACGUGUUUUCAACACGACUCACUGACAUUAAAGAAUUCGUAGGCAACUUGAGGGACAUUUACAUGUACCUCGCAUACCUUUGCUCGAGUACUUGUGUUUUAUUUUCACAAACAACAACUGUGUAUUCAUCACACAUUCGGCAAAGCGAAGGCAUUGUUGCCGCACUCGAUAUUUUAGCAGACGAAUUACUCGCAUGAUACAACCUCGCUCUGUGCCGAACAUCGCGAUUGUUCCGGCUAAAGUCUGUGUUGCAUUUUUAUCGCUUAUAAUGCAACUAUAUAAUGAAAAAUAACUUGAAUAACAUUAACCUUGAAAUUAUACCAACCUGAGCACAAUUUUUCGAUACGAACAAUAGCGCAACGGUAUUCGGUAUAAGUCGAGCAAGAUCUCACCUGUCGACAAAAUGUUGUCAGCCAUCUUGAUUAUCUUAUUUCUUACUUAUAUUAUAAAUGCAAAAAUUAUGUACGGCUCGUCGGAUAUAGAUGAAAUUUGGU